AACGCGUGUUUGUUGUCUAUUCUUAUAAUUUCACAUUGUUGGCACAGAUCAGUUAAAUGCAGUUACCUAAUACGAUCAUCGAACUUGCCGUGUUUGGUUUUAAUGCAACGCGUACCCCCACGCUCCUGGCCACGGAUUAGGUAAACUCUUACUCCAAACAAUUACUGCUCUUUCAACGGCUAGUUAAAGCCAACCAAAGCACGCUAUUUUCCAGCCUUUCUUUUCUUUUCUUUCCCGAGAAAGCGAGGAGGAAAAUGUCGACAGAACAUGUUUCUUCCUUCUUUUUCUUCUUCUUCUUAGUCUUUUUCUUCUUGUUUUCUGGGUGUUCUUCUUCUCCUUCUUUAUCAAAUCCUGACUUCGAGGCUUUACAGUCUUUUAAAGAAUCAUUAUUGGAACCAUCUCAGGCGCUUUCCUCUUGGGUUAACUCGAGUAGUCCCUGCUCGGGUUCUUGGUUUGGCGUCACUUGCAAUCCCAAAAACCACCGAGUUACCCGACUCGUUCUUGAGAAUCUUAACCUCACCGGUUCCAUUAACUCUCUAGCUCGGCUCUCUCAACUCAGACUCCUAAGUCUCAAGCAAAAUUAUCUCUCUUGUUCUUCUAACUUCAAUGUCUCUUCAUGGCGAAACCUCAAACACCUUUAUCUCUCUUACAAUCGACUCUCUGGAACAUUCCCUUCCGGCGUAUCCCGUCUCCGGCGACUCCACCGGCUUGACAUCUCUCAUAAUUUUUUCUCCGGUGAUAUUCCGAUGGAAGACCUGGCUACGUUGCCGCGCUUGCUGACACUACGACUGGAGGAUAACUACUUCACUGGAACCAUAAACUUUGUUAAUCCGUUAUCGUCUUCCAUUUUAGAAUUUAAUGUAUCGGAUAACAACCUCUCCGGCAAAAUUCCAACAUGGCUAUCGAAAUUUCCUGCUAGUUCUUUCUCCGGGAACAAUCAUCUCUGUGGUGAGCCAUUGAAGCGCGAAUGCUCCAAUCAGACAGUGCAAAGUCAGCCGGUAGAAUCAAAAACCAGUAUAAAUGAGAAGAAAGCGAGUAACUGGUUGGUGAUGUUGAUCGUCGGAAUAGACGCGUUGGCGAUUUUAGCCGUGGCGACGACGAUAACAUUCUGUUGUUAUUGUAGAAGGCGAAAGAGUAAUAGUGGGUCCCACGGAGAAGUUGUAAAGAGGAAAAGUGGGUCCCACCCUCAAAUCGGAGCGUAUUAUCACGGUGGUGCUGGUGGUGGGCUGAGGGAAGGAGAAGAGAUGGUUGUGUUUGAAGGGUGUAAGGGUUUUAAUGACGUGGAUGAUCUGUUAAAAUCCUCUGCUGAGUUGUUAGGGAAAGGUUCAGUGGGGACCACUUACAAGGUGGAAAUGACCGGUGGUGACGUGGUGGUGGUGAAGAGAGUAAGAGAAAGGAGGCGGAGGAGGGACGUCCAUGGGUGGCUGAGAUUAAUCGGUGGUUUAAGGCAUAGUAACAUAGUUAGCCUCAGAGCUUACUAUAAUUCCAAAGAUGAGUUGCUUUUGGUCUACGAUUUUCUGCCAAAUGGAAGCCUACACUCUCUCUUACAUGGGAAUAGAGGGCCAGGGAGGACUCCAUUAGAGUGGAGAACAAGGCUAAAGCUAGCUUCAGGUGCUGCACAAGGACUUUCUUUCUUCCAUGGAUACAACAAGGCCAAGCUUUUCCAUGGGAAUCUCACAUCUUCAAAUAUUUUAGUUGAUCAGUCGGGCAAUUCUUGCAUUUCAGAUAUUGGCCUACACCAACUCUUGCACUCACCAACGUCCUCCAAUACUGCCUAUAAACCCCCUGAACUAAUAACCCCCACCGGAAAAUAUACUCAAAAAUGCGACGUGUAUAGCUUUGGAGUGAUCUUGCUAGAGAUAUUGACGGGUAAAAUGCCGAAUGGGGAAGGUGAAACAAGCUUAGUGAGAUGGGUUCAAAGAGUUAAAAGAGAAGAGUGGAUAUGGGAAGUUUUUGAUUUCGAGCUAUUAAGGAGCAAGGAAAUGGAGGAAGAGAUGGUGGCUCUUAUGCAAGUAGCUCUACUUUGUUUAGCUUCAUCGCCUAGAGAUCGUCCAAAGAUGAAUAUGGUGCAUAGAAUGAUUGAAGAUAUUAGAACAAAAAAUGCAAGUGAUGAAGGUGGUGAUAGUGGUUCUUCAAAUUCUAUUAUGAAUGAUAUUUCUUCUGAUUCUUCUCCAUCCCCAUCAGAAAAUACCAAUUUAUUUUAUUACCAGGAGUUGAUUAUUAAUUGAUUUAGUGAAUUAAACAUAAGAUUGUUUUGGUAAUUAAUCUUGUACUUAUAGACAUAAUGAUAGUAUUAAUGAAAAUUCUUGCAAUAUUCUAGUUUGUUUAA